AUGGAUCUUGUUCCAGGAACUGAUAUUAUGAGAGAGGGGGAGGAGCUGGAUCCGGGACAUAUAUCACACCAUGAGAUUGUCCUCAUCCCUCGCCCUUCAGAUGACGCUCAUGAUCCCUUAAACUGGUCCAAGCCAUGGAAGUACCUCGUCAUUGCCGUGCAAUUCCUUUUUUUAUUUGUCUCGGUGGAGUCAGCGCUCUCCAUGGGGCCAAUGUUCCCCCUCUUCGCUGCCGAAUUUAAUCUCGAUGACACAGAGUUGAGUCUGUUAACCGGGGCAUGUGUCUUGGCUCUUGGCUUUUCCAACUUUCUCAUUGUUCCCUGUUCAAACAUAUUCGGUCGCCGUCUUACAAGUCUCGUUUUCUGCUUGUUGGGCAUUGCGUCCUGUAUCUGGCAAGCUCUGGCUACUUCAUAUAGCAGUCUACUUGCCGCCCGCGUGGUCAAUGGAGUUGCUACGGCAACUAGUGAGACGCUUCUGGUUCAGGUCGUUGGCGACAUGCUUUUUCUUCAUGAAAGAGGGCUUUGGACGGGUGUUUAUUUCAUGGGGUAUUUCCUUGGUCUGUUUGUUGGGCCAAUUAUCUCCGGAAACAUCGCCCAAAGAUAUGGCUGGCGUAGCUUUUUCUGGCUUUCUCUAGGACUGACUUGUUUCAACUUCAUCACUCUCCUGGUCUGCUUCCCCGAGACCCGUUUCCACAGAAGUGCAGCGUCAGAGCACUCGGAAUUUACAACCGGGACUUGCCCAAGUCCAACUGUCAAGGAAGGCGCCGAAGAUGUUGAGUCGGAGCAACUCGAAAUUGUUGAACAGGUCACUACCGCCGGUACGGGCCGACCAUCAAAAUCUCAGUUCAAACUCUGGAAAACCCCAGAGAACGAGUGGAAAGCCUUCCUUCUUCGGGAUAUCUUCUCGCCGUUCCGCCUGUUCCUCUUUCCGAUCAUUCUCUGGGCCGCCCUCAAUGUCGCUGGCCCUGCAAAUAUCCUUCUCUUUUGGAACCUCACUGAGUCUUCCGUUCUCAGCGCACCUCCAUAUAAUUUCUCUACGUCUAGUGUGGGAUAUGCAAACUUUGCUUUUGUCGUUGGAGGCCUGCUUGGUCUUGCUACCGCAGGUCCUUUCUCGGAUUGGAUUGCCGCGCGGUCUACACGCCGCAACAAUGGCAUUCGAGAGGCUGAAAUGCGUUUGCCAGCUUUGAUACCUUACUUUCUUUUCACGGUUGUCGGAGUCGUGAUUGGAGGUGUGGGCUACGAUCGGCUUUGGGAUUGGCCUGUGGUCUUGAUUGUCGGGUAUGGCUUCAGUGGUCUUUGCGUGACGACUGUUCCCACCAUUGCCAUUGCUUAUGCUGUCGACUGCUACAAACCCAUUUCUGGGGAGAUAAUGGUCGUUGCUACUGUUAUCAAGAAUACUUGUGGGUUUGCCAUGAGUUACUGGGUUAUGCCGAUGGCAACUCGAAGAGGGUUUUUGGAGCCCACAAUGGUUGAAUUUGCGCUGACUAUUGGGCCUAUGGUAUUGGGAAUACCGAUUUAUUUCUUUGGUAAGCAUCUGCGUCAGCUAACAAGGAACUCCAGUGUGCAUUCAUAUGUGAAUUGA